AUCUGAAUGCCAGUAAAAUGACUAUUUAUUAUUUCAAUGUGACCUUAAUAGUCCUUUGUAAAAACAAUACAAAACCCACCAAUUGUAAAAUAGUACAAAUAAAUGAUAAAACAUAAAAGGCUACUGCACUUGGAGCUCCAUUUCAAGAAUGAGUGUGUAGAAUGUUAGUUUUCACUCUGCUUGUAUGUUUCAACUUUUUGUUUUCUUUUAAAGGCCACUAAAGUUUUCUAAACACAUCUUUGGUGUCAAAUGUCAAAAAUUCCAACCUGUUUAGCAAGGCUGCGUUGGCUAAGACACACCCACAACAUUGAGGCAGCUUGCUUCCUGGAGGGCAAAUUGCUGCUCUAAAGAGGAAAUGACAUCACAGUGCUGAGCGAGCUGCCACAAACACACACACACACACACAGAGAGAGAACAAAAUGAAGACCAGAUGUAUUUCAGGCAUGCUUCCACUUUGACACUGGAAUACAGAAGAGAGACAGGAAAAGAGCAGAAAAACAAGUUUAGUGGCAAGGACAAAUUAUGUCAGGCGGACGUGGAGAGACACCGCCGGGCAGUCAAAGUGGAGCUGCUGCUUUCUUCUCCAAUCCUCUGAUGAGUGACGUCGAAGCAGACUGGGCUCCGAUUCACGAUGCUGCAUUUAACGGACGCGUCCUUAACCUGCAGAGGCUCAUUGCUCAGGGUGCACGUGUGAACUUGAGCACACUGGACCACGUCACCCCCCUCCACGGCGCGUGUAUGCGGGGCCAUGCAGCCUGCGCUAAGCUUCUGCUGCAAAAUGGUGCUGAUGUCAACAGUGUGACGUUAAACGGACAAACGGCACUGUCGGAAGCUUGCGCCCGGGGUCAUGUGACCUGCGUAUCGCUGCUCCUUCAGCAUGGAGCGAGCACGUUGGGGAGCACCCGGUGCAGCUCCCCGAUGCACAUGGCUGCAGGCAAAGGUUACCCGGAAUGCAUCCAGUCCCUCGCCGAGCACGGCGCUGACCUGGAUCAUAACGUCGACGACUCAGGCGCCCCCCUCCAUGUGGCGUGCUCCAAUCAGCAGCUGACUACUGUGAAGAAACUGCUUCAUCUUGGUGCUAGUGCAAACAGUCGUGGUUCAGGUGACUCACCCCUGCACAUCGCUGCUCGUCUGUCCAGUCCAGACAUGGUGUCGGUCCUGCUCAGCCACGGGGCGGACGCCUCCCUGCGGAACCUGGAGGGCAAACAGCCUCUGGACCUGGCGCCCCCCAACAGUGUGGUAGAGAGGCUGCUCAAGCAAAGUGGAGGAGUGCCCCCGCUGAUGCAGCUGUGCCGCCUGCACAUCAGGAGGACUUUAGGCAAGGAGAGACUGGUUAGGAUUUUUGACCUUCACCUUCCCACAGAACUCAAACACUAUCUUCUCCACCUGUCACACCAGAGAGAGGUGCAGUCCUCUACUCUGCCAACAGAGGGAGUGCUUACAUAAUAUUUGAAGCUGAUUUCACUGAGCGGAGCCUCUGCAGACUAACUUGAUUCUCAAGAGCAAACUGGAAAAGAGAAGUGUGUUUUCUAGUCAAAGUCAAAGCAGGGAAAGUCUGGUGAAGGUCAACGUCGGUCCUCAGCCAAAAAUUGUGUAUUCAUGAGUUGGCACACGCUUAGUUUCUCCACUGCUUUCAUUUCACCUUGUUGAUUCCCUCCUUAACAUAUUCAAUAUUCUUUCUCUUUUGCUGUAUAUUCUUUUUCUGACCAAACUUGACAACGUAAAGUAGUGCAUCCUGGGAUAGAUAGAAGUCACUCAGGUUCACCUCAAAGAGAACGGAAUGAGGAAGGUGACCCGCGCACCUAAAUUGUUAAGCAAGAGAGUUCGACAGCAACCUUUAACUCAUUCAAUACCAAAGACGUAUUUAUGCAUCUGUAUAAACCCAAACGCCCACUCCCAAAGACAUAGUUAUACGUCUUUUACGUUUUGUUUUUUUUUGCACGAGAAGCAAAAAGAGGUGAUGACGCGACUGCACACUAAUGGAUGUCACCCUUUGAGCAGUUUUAAGCGAUCGAAGCAGCCAGAAGGUGGCAGAAGUGCAUUUGAUAAGAGCGCCGCAUCUGAAUGGGAAUGGAAAAAACAUACAUGACAGAAAGGAGGAAGUGGAAGAACGUGGAGGAGUGUAGCGUGUAAACAGCCGUCACCAAAUGGCGGUCCUGGGUCCGGACCCUUGAUCAAUUGAAUGGGAAACAUAAUUACAUAUAAUCAUUCUCGCAGACCGAUCGCAGCGGCAAUUUGCGGGCGUAAUUACUUGUAGGGUGAUGUGCCGGGUUUCAUUACAUUUGAUAUUUAUAUCAGAUCGUCUGUUGGACGCAAUUUAAGGCACAAUAAAGGUUUGGACCUUCGCUGUGAAAAACAACCUCAUAAACAGACCUUACUCAGUUUUAAUUGAAGAACCCUGGUGUAGAAGGUUACGCAUUGUAGGGAAAUUUUAAUGCAUGCAGCCAAACGCGUGCACACAGUUCAGUUCCAAAUGUGAAAAUUGUAAGUAGUUCAUGGUGUUAUAUUUGUAAAUAAAUUGUUAUUUUGAUGUAAACAACCCUUUUUGUGUUGUUUAUGUUAUGGUAUACAAGUAGUUGCUUAGAUAUUUGAGCUGUCACAAAAGCAAAACAAAAAAAGUGUCAAAGUGAAAGUUAUGCUUGAAAUGUAUCUUUUUACAAAAAGCUGGUUUUCUCCCUUUUUAGUCGGGUACUGAUAUUUUCCUGAAACUAUGUUCUACUGCUGAUUACUAAAGAAUGGAAAAAGGUAGAAACAAAGUCUUUUGGUAGGUUCCAUGUUUAUAUAGCCAUAGAACACAAUAUUCUGUGUACCCUGAAAGAUCAGUUAAAAUCAUGUAAAAUGGCCGGUACUGAAGGGGUUGUCUUUUAAAAAAUGGCUGGGAUUGAAUGAGUUAAGUACUGUACUUUAAUCCAAAAGCUGUAUUUUCAUGUAAAACUAUGACAGGACAGGGGUUUAAAAAAACAACAACAACAAAAAAAAAAGUAAAACUAUGGCAUCAAAAUUUGUGAAAUACAACAGACUGAUUGGAUAUAUUUUAUUUAAUUUUUAUCCCCACCAAAUAUAAAAUGAACUGGUUGCAACAUUACUGCUGUUUUGUGUUUUUAAGGUCUUCAAUGACUACACAGUGGUCGCAACAAUAGCUACUAUUGUUUUUAUUAUAUACAUGUCACUAAACAAGGUCAUCAGACUAUUAGAAACAGCUCUCGAUAGCCGCUUUUACACUGCCUAUAAAAGCCCUCACUGUUUUUCAUAAAUGGCACAGACACAGAAUGGUUGGAACAAGUCACCCCCCAAAUAUUGUGCCUUGAUGCUGUGUCACUGUGUGAAAGAGCACGCACUUGCUGCAAUAUCCCACUUCACUGGGUUCUGUAUAAAAAGCACAAGCAAACAAAUGUCAGCUCUACUGUUACAGCUCUGAGGCAGUUUUGUGAGUGAUACUUCAGGGGACCGGGUAGGGUGCCUUGAGGAAUACCAAAGCCAAACCUACCUUUCACACUGCCAGUAAAAAGUCAGGAUGUUUCUGCCUUCUUUCAGGUCGCUAUUCUGUAUAAACGGCACAAGCGGAUAAAUACCGGUUCAAUUACAGCCUUCAGGUAGUUUUUUAGUGACCCUUCUAAGGAAGCAUGGGACAGGGUAUGGUGCCUUGGGGAAAACAGGGCUAACACCACUUUUCACACCGCCUGUAAAAGCCAGCAUUUUUAUGUUUAUAAGAGGUACACAAUUUUUACUACAUUAGAAUAUAGUCUUUACAGAGUAAUUCCUCACUUAUUGCGGUUACUGUAAUUGGUUCCAAACCCAACAGUGAUAAGUGAAUCUUCGCAAAGUAGGAUUCCUUCUUUAUAAAACCAACAUUUGCGUAGUUAAGAGCAUAAAAAACCUUCAAAAUACGGCUUUUAACAUUUUUAGAGACCUCUAAAAAUGGGGGGGGGUAUAAAGUACUUCAUCUUUCUUCAAAAACAACAUUUCAUCCACUCCAGCACUGCACUCAUUCAUUUUGUAUUGAUCCCCUUUCCCAGUUUGGACUAAAUGAGCACGUCUUCACAGACUGCAUGUGGGCUGGAGGUCAACCUAACAUUGAAGCAUGUUUUGAUGUGAUGUAAAAUCAAUUUAAUUGAGUAGCUUGUGGCUCCUAGAGCUGCCCGGAGAAUGACAAAGUGUAGAAUUAGUGAUGUAGGAACAUAUCAUGUGGUGAUAAAUGCGUCUGGGGAAAAAUGACGGUGUCACUCCCGCUCCGCUCCACCUUCAUCUCGUUGGUGUUGCACGCAAUGUGCACUUAGCGCACACUUACUCUCUAGAGAACCAACCUCUACUAACUUUCGAAGAUAUUUACCACCCAAAUGGUCUAAAACGCACCCGAAGCAGGUGUUACGUGCAGAAAAGUUGGAAGAAUGCCGUGAAACAAAAGAACCAUCUGAAGAGUUGAAACUAAAGUAGGUUAGACUAAAGUAGGUUAGACAACACAGGUCCCCCAACAACCUUGUAAUCAACAUUGCAUCAGUUUGUCAUUAUUGCCUGAAUCAUUGCAAUCAUCACUGGAGCGUGUUUGGAUAGCACAACACCGCACUACAUGCUUAUAAACCAAACUGUGAUCGCUCCUCGUGUCCUGAUUGCUUGGAUCUUGUUAUAGAUAUCGUGGAUAGUCAAUAGGCUACAAGGAAGUGUGUGUGUGUGUGUGUGUGCGUGUGUACUAAUUACUUGUGUAUAUUUAGUGGGCCGGUGUUAGCUAAUUAAAAGAAAUGGAGACACAGAGAUCUCCUGUGGCUCCUCGCUCUCGGUGUGGAGAGCUUCGGCUCCAACAUAACCGUGUUUUCAAUUAGACACAGGCGGCUGAAUGUGCUUCUUCUUCAAGAGAGCGCCUGAACAAAAUUUGUUUUUCUGACAAUUUUAUUUUAAUAUCUGCAGUAGAAUAUCUUAUAAAAUAUUGUACGAUAUGCUCA